AGGGCGCCGGGCUGCGCUGCGCUGCUAGUCCGGAGCGGAGCCUGGCAGCGGCAGGAGCGGCGGCGCGGGGUGCGCAGCAGCCGGAGCCUGCUGGACGGAGGCAGCCCCGUCCCCCCGCCCUCCCUCCCCUCGCCUCUUUCUUUGUGCGCAGGGCAGGGGCGGCCCCGAUCCAUGGUCAUGGGCGACAAGAAGAGCCCGACCAGGCCGAAAAGGCAAGCUAAACCUGCAGCCGACGAAGGCUUUUGGGAUUGUAGCGUGUGCACCUUCAGGAACAGCGCCGAAGCCUUCAAAUGCAGCAUCUGCGAUGUCAGGAAAGGCACCUCCACAAGAAAACCUAGAAUAAACUCUCAGUUGGUGGCACAACAAGUUGCUCAGCAAUAUGCAACCCCACCACCACCGAAGAAGGAGAAGAAGGAGAAAGUGGAAAAACAAGACAAAGAAAAACCUGACAAAGAGAAGGAAAUUAGUCCAAGUGUUACAAAGAAGAACACUAACAAGAAGACUAAACCAAAGUCAGAUAUUGUGAAAGAUCCUCCUAGUGAAGCAAACAGCAUACAGUCUGGGAAUACUACAACAAAGACCAGCGACUCAAAUCACACUUCAAGACCCAGACUGAAAAAUGUGGACAGAAGUACCGCACAGCAGCUGGCAGUCACAGUGGGAAAUGUCACAGUAAUUAUCACAGACUUUAAAGAAAAGACUCGCUCUUCAUCCACGUCGUCUUCUACAGUGACCUCCAGUGCAGGAUCAGAACAACAGAAUCAGAGCAGCUCGGGCUCUGAGAGCACAGACAAGGGCUCGUCCCGUUCCUCCACGCCCAAGGGGGACAUGUCGGCAGUCAACGACGAAUCUUUCUGAAAAAUUGCACAUGGAGUUGUGGAAACUAUGAAUCAGGGUAUGAAAUUCAAACACUCCACCUGCCCACGCUGUUCAAAUCCUGGAGAGCCUCUUCUGUGCUUGAACACACUUUCUUGGACAUCGACCUCUUACUGAUGCAACCAGGAUGAUUUCUGCUUGCCGUGGGCACCUGGCCACCAAGGAAUUUCUCACCCUAGCGAUUACUCUUGACACUUUUAUGUAUUCCAUUGUUUUAUAUGAUUUUCCUAACAAUCAUUUAUAAUUGGAUGUGCUCCUGAAUCUACUUUUUUAUAAUAUCUGCUGUGCACAAUUUUCCAUGAACAUGACAACUUUUUGUUUUGGGGUAGGGAGCGGGUGGGGUGGGAAGGGGGCUUUAUUUAUUGCAUUCACAAACUCCAUCCUCUUUCAACAUAUCCUUUUUAAGUUCAGUUCUUCUUCCAGUUAUACUGUGUACUAUCAGUUUUGAUAUAAAUUAUAUAUAAAUAUAUAUAUAAAUAAAUAUAUAUAAAGGGUUAUUUGAAACCAAUACAUGGAAACGCUGGUGCUUGAAACACUGUGAAGUGAUAAAACAAAUUAAUUGAACAGUUCAAGAUCUGGGACAGUCCCCUUCUGUGAAAGUACUGAAACUGAAAUGGAACUGGUCUUAGGUGAAAAGUGUUCCUGAAGGUUUGAACCUGGAUGGGACCUGUUCUCUCUAUUGUUCCUUCCCCAUUUCUUCCCUAAGCAAUGGCUAAGGUGCACUGGACACGGUUUUGAUUGUUACAGCUUGGGCUCUGAGAUGAGAGAGGAUUGCUCCAGGUAGCUGGUGUUUCUCCUGGGGUCGCUCAGGUUGGUGAUGUGCAGCUCCAUGCCCAGCUGGAGUGGACGCAUUCCCAACCAGACUGCUGCUGUUACACCACGGAUCCGUGUGUUCCGGAACGUGAGCACGGCUGUGUCAUGCACAGCCAGUCCCACACGUGUUGGUGUUGUUAAUGAAUUCCAGCCAGCAGCCUCAGUGCCCGAGGUAGCUAGAACUGGAGUGGUUGCUGUGGGUUGAAGGCAGCCGGGAGCCUGGGGGCAAUCCUGAGUUCAGGAACCGAGCUGGUGCUCGCUCUAGCCACGUGUGGGUUGGUGCUUGUCAGCCCUGUUCUGUCUGUCCCAUCCAUGCUGUUGGGGUGGCUCUUAUCCGUGAGGUCCAUCUGUAUUCCAGGAGUGGUUUCUGAACAGCAUCUUGUCCAGUGAUGGGCUUGUCAGCAUUUGGACACUUCUGAGUCUCCUGCUGUGGGAGCAAAAGUAGGGAAAAGUUUUCAUGCUGGCAAGUGAGCGACGUGUGGCUCAUGCUCAUGACCAGCAUCUCCUUCAUUCUUACUCUAAAGUUCUCCAGACUAUAAUUUCUUUUCCUGACCUCUUAGUGUUGCUUUACAGUUUACCUUCCAUGCAUUAUCCUGCUAAAACACUCAUCUGAAGAGGUGAAACAAACUUUUUUUAAAAAGCAAAACAAACCCCAAACCUCUUUGGCUUUUCAUCUUUAUUUAGUGGCCCCAGGGUGCUUUGCAGUAAUUUCAGGCACAGAGGCUGUGGCUUCAUCUGACAUCAACUGCAUAACUUUUGGGCAUGAUGAAAGAGGGCCACAUUUUGACAACUUUGUGCCUGCUUGUUAUAUUGUGAAUUAUUUGCUUGGCAAGAGAAAUUUCUCUUUGUGGAGGCAACUGAUUUAAGAUUUCUUUUAAAAUCAGUGUGGUUUUGAGUAGCAGACAUAGGUUCCUUUCACACUGGUGACAGAAAUGUGUGAGUAAGGGAUCUGGUAGAGCCCCUGCUUGAAGGCACGUGCAGUGGCAGUGCCUUGGCAGCAGUGGUUUUAUUCUGAAUAUGUUAACGUGGGCACCCCAACUUAAUUCUGCUUAUAUUUGCAGUACAGCCUGUCUUUUGUAAGCAUUUUUAAAAGUAUUAAAGAACCAAAGGAAAACAGAUGCUUCCUAUGAGCAUCAAGACAAUUUAUUAUACAUAGUUUUAAAUACUAUGAAUAUCUCAAUCCACAUUUUAACAUUAGUGGGAUAUUGCAAAGACAUUCCUUUUCCAGUUUUUACUAUUCCUUUUAGGGUCUCAGGGAGGGUAAACUGGUCAGCCAUAUUUAUUUAUUUUACUGAAAUGUAUUGGAAUAAUUUUUUAAGAGAGAUUUUUUGAAGAUGCCCCUGAACUUGUAUAUUUUGCACUGCUUUAUAAAUGAUCCAUUAUCAAUUAGGCUUGCGUGCAUCUCGGCCGCGAUCCAGCCAGGAGGGUGAGCGAGUGGCAGGUCCUGCUGGCCUCAGCAGGGCUCAAUCUGGUGCUUCAAGUCAAACCACGUGCUCACCUUCUUUGUUGGAUCUGGGAAUUUGUGCAAAAAAAGAAAAAAAAAAAAGCAUUGUGUGUACCAGGAAAUUGCUUCUUUUUCAAGUGAAACUAGACCUGUCGAUCAGUUAAAAAGCUUUAACGCCGUACCCAGCUACUCGUGGUACAGUCGGUAACAUCUGUCCCUUUGGCGUGCCUCCUCGAUGAAGUAGCUUGCUAUAAACAAAUGGGAAAAUUUCUUUGGAACAAGUGACCUGGAAUUCUGCAUUCAGUUAGGAAGUGCUAGCUAAGCAUUGAACCCCCCAGCCUCAUCUGUAGCUGUUGCGUUGUGGGUUUGAAGGACAGCGUUUGCUUUCACACUUAAAUUUCCGCAAUCAGCGUCCCUGCGGCACCGCGGGCAGGGUUCCCUCCAUGCCGUGGCCGGAGGCCAGCCCGCCCUUGGUGGGAAAGGUGUUCCAGAACCAAACCAAGCAAACACUAGUGUAGGGAAGGACCAGAUUCACGGUGUUCAGUGGCACAGAACGCAGGUAAGUGAAGCACAGUGUUACGAUGGCGAAGUUUCGACUCUUACACAGACACACACACACACACAGACACCGACACAGCUUGCCUGACUCGCUCAGUUGACGUAGUUCUGCAAAGGAAAGGUGACAGCGUUUUACACCACCAGGCUAUUUAUUUGAAUUGGAACUUUGCUUCAAAUUGGACAGAUCGAAAAUUUGGCAGCAGCUUCUGUGAGUUUAUUUCCACUGAGAUGUUUUCACCUGCCUUACCAAGAUCAUUCUCAGUCUACUUUUUUAAGCUCUACCAUAAACUUAAAUUAUUGAAAAUUUAUUAAUUGCUGACUAUUAUAUAAUAACCUUUGCUUGUAUGUAACCGAAUGGUUUUAAGAGCCAACAUUUAGAGUAUGACAAUGGAGCUGAACAGUUUUUAAUGCGCAAGCAGUUCUGUUCUUGUGUAUGACUUGUAACCUUAAUUUACUGUGUAAAGAUGGUUACAUUAUUUCCUUAGCUUUGUUUGUUGGAGACAAAUAUAGAAUGCUUGUUUAAGUAUGUCAAAACAUAAUCUUAUCUUGUGGAUUUUUAUGUUAAUGUAUUAUACGAGCUCUAUUUUUCAUUUGCCCAGAAAGACAGCUUGUAUAACGCUUCUGAAAGUUUUUCCGCUCUGUAAAGUCUUUAGAGCUGACAGUCCUGUUAGGUUUGUUUUAAUCUUCAUGCUAAAGUGUCAAUGGUGGUUUUGUGAACUGGUCAGAAAUUCACAGGUCUUAAAUGUUUUUGGGAAAUUUAUAUUGGACACUGCUCUUUGUCUAGCAAAUAAAAGAUGUUAAUAUAUUCCUGUUACUGGCAUGUGCACGACUGUUAUUAGAAGCCACUUUAUCAUUUUCCUGCUUUAAAUAGAAAUGUCUAUUUAUGAAUUCUGCUUGUAGUUUUUUCACAAAUAAAAUAGUAAAAUUUAA